AUGGCACCAGGUGUUGGCAUGGGUACUCCUAUCGCAACCCAGAGGGGCAUGGGAAGUGUUUUAGUGGUAGCUGCCUGGCAUGCGUGGUGUCUGUUCCUUGAAGCAAAGACUCUAGACGCCUACCUGCUCCAGGAGCACAGGCAGAAACAGUUACCAGACUACCCGCUUUUCUUUGGAAACAAUAACAACUACAUGAACAUGGCAGAGGCAAAUAAUGCGUUUCUUGCUGCAAAUGAGCAGACGUUCCAUACGCCGAGCCUUGGGGAUGAGGAGUUCGAAAUCCCACCCAUUACCCCCCCGCCUGAGUCAGACCCUGCACUGGGCAUGGCAGAUAUACUUCUGCCCUUUCAGGGCCUUGGUGACCAGCUGCCUGCACAAGCAAAUGAAUUUACACCUCAGUUUCCCCCCCAGAGCUUGGAUCUUCCCUCUAUUACAAUAUCCCGAAAUCUUGUGGAGCAAGACGGCAUCAUCCACAGCAAUGCAUUACAUAUGGAUCAGAGUCACACACAAGUUUCCCAGUACCGCCAGGAUCACUCCCUGAUUAUGAGAUCUAUUGUCCAUAUGACUGAUGCUGCUCAUUCGGGAAUUAUGCCUCCUUCUCAGCUAACCACCAUUAACCAGUCUCAGCUAAGUGCGCAGCUGGGGCUAAAUUUAGGAGGCACUAAUUUGCCACACACUUCUCCCUCCCCUCCUGCCAGCAAAUCAGCCACUCCUUCCCCAUCCAGCUCUAUAAAUGAAGAAGAUGCAGAUGAAUCAAAUAGAGCUACUGGAGAAAAAAGAGCUGCCCCAGAUUCUGGCAAGAAGCCCAAGACUCCAAAGAAGAAGAAAAAGAAAGACCCAAAUGAGCCACAAAAGCCAGUGUCAGCAUACGCCCUUUUCUUCAGAGAUACACAAGCUGCAAUUAAAGGGCAGAACCCGAAUGCUACAUUUGGAGAGGUUUCAAAAAUAGUGGCAUCUAUGUGGGACAGUUUAGGAGAAGAACAAAAACAGGUAUACAAAAGAAAAACUGAAGCUGCCAAAAAAGAGUACCUAAAGGCACUUGCUGCCUAUAGAGCAAGCCUCGUUUCUAAGGCUGCUGCAGAAUCUGCUGAGGCCCAGACAAUUCGUUCUGUUCAGCAAACACUGGCAUCUACAAAUUUGUCUUCCUCCCUUAUUCUGAAUACUUCUCUUUCUCAACACCCGACAGUAUCGGCAUCUCCCCAAACUCUUCAACAGCCCCUUCCCAGGGCAAUUGCUCCAAAACCUUUAACCAUGAGACUGCCCAUGAAUCAGAUUGUAGCUUCUGUCACCGUUGCACCAAACAUGCCAACAAACAUUGCAGCUCCAUUGAUGAGCUCUAUGGGAACAAAUAUGGUGGCAACGCCAUCUUCAUCUCAAGUAAGUCCCUCAAUGCAAAGCCAGCAGCACCAGAUACAGCAGCUGCAGCAGCAACAGAUGCAGCAGAUGCAACAGCAGCAACUACACCAGCAUCAAAUGCAUCAGCAAAUACAGCAACAAAUGCAACAGCAGCAUUUUCAGCACCACAUGCAACAACAUUUGCAGCAGCAGCAGCAGCAUCUUCAGCAGCAAAUUAAUCAACAGCAAAUGCAACAGCAACUGCAGCACAUACAGCUUCAGCAAAUGCAGCAGCAGCAAAUGCAGCAUAUGCAACACCAGUCACAGCCUUCUCCUCAGCAGCAUUCUCCGGGAGCCUCUCAGAUCACUUCUCCCAUCCCUGCCAUUGGGAGCCCUCAGCCAGCACCUCAGCAGCACCAGUCACAAAUACAAUCUCAGACACAGACUCAAGUAUUAUCGCAGGUCAGUAUUUUCUGAAGAUAAAUGAUCUUGCAACAUGGCUUUGUGUUGAUGGAGGGGGUAGGGGUAAACCAUAUUUGGCUGAAAACUGUAAAUUGUUGAUGGUAGUUAUGCAGGGAUGCAUAACAGAUCAAAUGAUCCUCUAAAGUGUCUAUUAGAUAGGCAAUAAAGAACUACAAUGUAGCUGUGUAUCAUCUUUUAGCUGACUAUAAAUCAUUUUGUUUUUUAAAAAAAAAAAAAAGCUGUGCUCUUUUUCAUGUGAUGCCUUUUUAAUUUAUUUAAGCUUUACCUACAAUAUGUGAAUCAAAUGGCCUAAUAAAUACCUGGAUCUUAUGACUGCAAAAUGGCCUUUCAGAGUUAUAUGAUAUAACCCUUCUUUCUCUAAAAGUGAAUAAUGCACUUCAAGGCAGUAUGAACUCAUGAAGCCCUUAAAGCACAGUUGUAACUACCUGUAAAAUGAUGAUUGGAUUUCAUACAAUCAUACUUGUAUGACAUGAGUUAGUUGAUGGCAUUUUUUGUCAUGAAAAAAUAGAGUAAAUCACAGAUUUUUGCCAAAGCUCUUAAUUUUUUUUUUUCUCUCCUAAAUGUCUUCAGAAAAACAAAUGCAAGAAACUGAACUUAAAUGUUUCGCCCAACCUUUCACUUCAUUUCUCCAAAUAAACCUACCAUGGUUUGUAAGAAAAUAUAUAUAUUGACAUUUACCCUUUUACGUUAAUUCCAGUUACGGAACAAAUGUGAAUAUUAUAUUCUGUGUCGAAGUGAUGAGUUUCAGAUUUAAUACACUGUAUUUUUAAAAGGGAAAUGCACUUAAAUAAAACUGUUAUUACAGAACGCUAAGAUGAAAAAUGCAAGAGUUUUUAAUACGCUGUAAAACCAGUAGAAUAUUUAAAUGAAACUCCACAACCGAAUAAUCAAUGUAAAUAUUUUCUUUAAAAGUUGUAAGUUUUCAUAUCAUGUGUUGUAAAGUUUUCAUAAAUGAGGCUUUAAUGUAAACACUGGUAACAUGAAUUAUUAAUUGCUACAUUGCUUAUUGUGUUUUUAUGCUGUUUUAUACUUUUUUAUGAGUUAUGAUAGCAGCAAUUAAGUUGUUUGUAUUUUGCUUAUCUAAAAUAAAUGCUUUUAUCUUGCUAUAGAAUAAACACAU